CAACGAUAGCUUUGUGUCUGAUUAAUUCAAUGUACGGCGACGCGUUAGUGGAGAAACCUUAUCAGACUCACAGCCGCACAGAGAGAGAGAGAGAGGAGCAGUGAGCAGACCUGCGCGCUGCUGCUGGGGGAUAAUUAGGUUUAUUCUAGAGUUACCAUCACAUCGGGGGUAUUUUGAAGAUGAAGACAUCUUGAGGAUGGGUUUGGAGUGAAAAGGGAAAAGUCUACAUCAUUGCAAACGAGGAAAGAGCGGUUCUUAAAAUCACAAUACAUCCGAUCAGAGGAGGAGGACUGAAGAUCGGGAGGCAUGUCGUCGGAAAAACACGGUCUCGAUGAGUCCGGCCGUCAGACCAUGCAGCCUCCUCCGUAUCUCCCUGGCCCACAAGACCCCAACAUCCCUCAGCACCCCAACAUGCAGCCUGCCCCGGGCACCCAACCCAACUACCCUCCUCCCCCUCCUCCUCCGGGAUCAGAGGGAUACCUCCAAGAAACUCAGUUCCACUGUGCCCCGAUGGGACCACAGGGAGCUCCACAGGGCUACACGGUCCAGACACAGGGCCCUGGAGGCACUCUGCCUCACCCACCUGUAGGAUACCUCCACCCAGGCUACCCACUUCAGCUGCAACCUUGCACAGCCUACGUACCCGUCUACCCUAUGGCAUCGGGUCAACCCUACAUGCCUGCUGGGGGAGGCCACCCAGCGAUCCCCCCUGGCCAGAUUCACCCCAUGCAAAUGCCCCCAAGCAUCACCCUGAUGGACCGUAGACCGCCUCACGACUACUUGCCCAUCGCUGUGCUCACUACUGUCUGCUGCUUCUGGCCCACAGGCAUCAUUGCCAUCAUCAAAGCCGUGCAGGUGCGUACGGCGAUAGCCAGAGGGGACAUGGUGACAGCGGAAAUAGCCUCCCGUGAGGCACGCAACUUCUCCUUCAUCAGCCUAGCUGUUGGCAUCGCCUCCAUUGUGCUGUGCACCAUCCUCACCGUGGUGGUCAUCAUUGCCUCGCAGCACCACGAUGACGACUGGGAGCCCUAACUCUACGCAGAAAGACGUGAAAUCACGGCAUAUUUUAGCUAGCUAACUACUCUCAAUUGUUUCUGAGGAAGUAGGAGCACCAAAAAUGCAAUCCAAACUGCUACCGCAUUGCUGGCCCUCUGUGUUCAGUUACACAUCCAGCUCUGACUUAACCCGCUGUCAUUCAACACACCACCAACCAAAAACAAUCAAUCACCGCUAAUGUUGAAACACCAAAUACAAACAGCUGCUAAAUGAGGUCCAGAAUUGCUGUCAGCUCUGCGAUCGCUUAAUAUUUACCCUCAAAUAUGAGCUGCAAGAGGGCAACAAUGCUCCUUGAAUUAAUAGUUAAUAUGACACUGAUUCAUUCAUUUUGAUUAUUUACUUUGGUGAAGUGAUAAAUGGCUGUGUGAUACAACAAAAUCUACAAAACAGGCCCACACAGAUGUAUCUAUGGUAGUUGAAUGCACAUUUUAAUCUAAAAAAGUACGUGUUUUUCUUCUUUAUAAACAAAAAAGUGCCAUGCUGAAUGAAAAGUGUUGCUCUAGAGUAGUGUUAUUGCCAGGAAAAGAGACUGUAAAGCUGAUUUAAAGUGUUCAAGGGGCUGAUCAAUACACAUUUAACACACCAAAUGGAGAAAGGACUGAUAGAGUGUCUAAUGUAACCAACAGAGUAUUUAUUUGAGAUUGGAUGUUUGUGACUUACAUGUUUUUUUUAUUUAUUUAAACUCUUAUUUAAUAAGUUAUUCAAUAUCUACCCAUGCACUGACUUUGUUUGCUUUAAUUUACAGUAUAUCACUAGUUUAUUGCAGCAGUUUGACACUUUGCAAUCGGCUUAAAUUUGAUAUUUGAAGAUUUUGCACCUUGUAGUAACCACAUAAGAUGAUGCAGCUGCGUAUAUCUAUAGAUAUUUUAGUGCAUGAUAAAUAUAAAUUCUAGCUGAUGGGCGUCUGGUGCAAAAAUAGCUUAUCUUCCAUCUGUUGAUGGGAAUAUUUCCUUGAAAAAUGUCUAGAAAUGUGUGUUAUAGUAUUUCUAAAACAAGCUGCUGUGAAAACAAGAAUAUUAAGGAGACAAGUAUCUGAUUCUAAGAUUUUCAGAUACUGUUUUUUGCAAGUAUUUUUAAAGUGUUUUGGCCUAUUUUGUGUUGCACAUCUCUUAUCUAUUUAUCCAAUCAGACACUGUAUAUGAAACUGUAGUGCAACGUUAGACUUACGAGGCAUCAUAGCCCUGCAUGUCGUCCUCAGUUUGUUUCCAUUUGUCUUAAAUAUCAAAGUUAGGAGUGGAGGCUGAGAGUUCCUGUGAUGUUGCUUCACUGUUGUAAUCACAAAGAGUCAGAGGGGAUUCACUCAACGUGAGUUUCCAUAAUGUAGCGCAGCUCUGAGCGGCAGGUGUGCCGCUGUCAGUUCGAGCUGUAACGAUACAGCUUGAAUAUUAUGUGAGGGUUGCUGGAGUUACUGGAGAAUAGAAAAUGAAUGUUUUACAAAGAAGAGACUGACAAAAUAUUAAUGCCUAUGCUGUGUUGUAGCACUUUCUGCUCUUUGAAGUCUGUCCCCCGUUCCUUUUCUCUCUCUCUGUCUUUUCCUCUCCCACACAUGAGUAAUUGGACCUAUUAAUACAUUCUUUUCCCUUCCUCUUUUCCUAUGUUGGUCCCUUUGAUGAUGCUAUUUUUAAAAGAAUUAUACAGAGGUAUUAAAAAUAAUGUUUGUAGACGAUGAACACAAAUAGAAACAGUGAAAAUACAGUUUAUUCUGUAGUUUAUAUAUAACUAUUGUCACUGUUAUUGUCAUUAUUAUUAUUUAUCAUGAUAAAUUAUCACUUAUGUAUAAUAUUAAGUACAUCUUGGCCUGUAUUUAUUAAAUAUUUACAUAUCUCGACCACAUAUUUAAAAAACAACAAUUACCCUUAUGUAUUACCCUCAACAACUUAUGUCCAGAACUGAAAGGCCGGAAUUAAUUUAUUCUAAGAUUUACUCAGAGUUUCAGAUGUAUUUUCAUUUCUUUUUAUCUAAGAAAAAGUCUAUUAAAACAUUUGAGAAAUUUUUUGUGAUGGCCUGCUUAUGCUAAUUUAACGUUCUUAAAAGAGCCUUUGUUAAAAUUUAACUAAAACGGCCUGGCAUAUUUAUCUUUCACAAAAUAUAUGAAUGCCAGACAGGAGAAGUACAGGGGUUGGUAGAAGAAGAAAAAGUGUACGACCAUUGUACUCAAGUAAAAGUACAGUAAAUCUGGUUAAGAUUUACUUAAGUAAAAAUAAAAAGUGUUUAAAGUUUGCUUCAAGUACUGAGUAGCUACUGAGGAGUUGCACAGUAAAAUAUAAUCUUUUAUUGUUUGCCAUGAGAACAAGAGAGUAGAUCUCCAACCAGAUUGUUCCGGUAAAGUCACACGUCUAUAAUAAAGUAAAAUACACCGAAAAAUUGACUGUUAACUAAUUUCAUAUAGACUACACUUUUGAAAUCCUUACAUAUCUCACAGUGAAACAGAAAAUCUGUGGCAAGUUGGUUCUCCUCUGGCAAGAACAAAGCAGUGAGUCAACCUCAUAGUAAGGCAAAUUAUACUUUGCAUCUCAGGACAUAAACUCACAAGUGCAAACUCGAACUCCGCAGAUAACUUCACUCAUAGUGCAAAUGUGUUUCACAUAAAAAAAACAACAAUCCACUGUAAAGAUGACCAAAAGAAUCCCAAGAGGGAUCACUGUACAACAUCCAAACACAACUAAAGACAAAAAACACAUCUAAACUGUUUACAACAGCUGUUUGGGGAUAUGAUGUGGAAUAGUUCUCUCACUAUGUUCCUCUGUGGAGUCAACAGGCGGAAAAGGUACAAAAGUAUUAUGCUCAUGUAAAAGUACAAUUACUCUGGUUACUUAAGUAAAAUUACUGAUUUCAAAAUGUACUCACAAAGUACAUGUACACGGAAAAACUACUCAAUUACAGUAAUUUGAGUUAAUGUAAUCAUGACUUUCCCCCUCUUGUAAAGAGGAAGGGAGGAUGGUUUUGGAUUUUGAAAAGUGAAACGUGACCUCCACAAUUUUAAGGGGACAUAUUAUGCAAAAUACACCUUUUCAAGCUUUUCUAAAAACAAAUAUGUGCCCCUGGCCUGUCCACAAUCCCCUUAAGUACCAGAAAAAUCCAUUCCCUCCCCCCUGUCUUUCACCACCUUUCAGAAAAUGUGUGCUGAAACAAGUCGUUCUCAGAUUUCCCCCUCAUGAUGUCAAGUGGGGAGUUAGCCCCACCCCCAGGUUCGGUUGGCCCUCCCCACUUGGAAAGAAAGUCCUGCCCUCUUCUCCUGAGCAGGAGAUCCACAUCCAUUAAGCCACAUCCAUGUCCAGAGAGGGGUGUGGUCAGGGGCAGAGUUAGACAGCUCAUUAACAUUCAAAGCCACAGACACAGAAAUGGCUUGUUCUGAGCAGGGCUGAAACAGAGGGGUUUUUAGACUACAGAUAUCCUAUACUGGGGUGUUUUUUCAGCUACAGACUUCACAGGCAUGUUUUGGGGACCUCUGAGACCAAUAUAAACUUGUCUUAAAAGGGUAAAAUAUGUCCCCUUUAAUGAGCUCAUCCUUCAGUCAGAGUGGACAUUAGUGAAAGCUGUAAAGAAGAUCCUGCAAAGCGUUCUUAUGAUAUCAUGUUCUUAAGCAAGGCAUGAACAUAAGAAUGUGUUUAUUGACAAAACUUGCUUUUAAAAACCUGGUGGCAUUAGCUAAGCGGAGGAAACAGUUUCUACCGUAAGGUCUACCUCUUAACCCACUGAAUUGUGUCUUUUUCCUCUUCUAUCUUUGAUUGUAUUUAGACAAAUGGAAACCAUGUUUUAAAUGAGCUUUAGACAGACUUUCAGGUGGAUUUUCCUCUUUUUUCGCAAAGCUCUUUGUUCCAGAAGUUCAACUUUAGGCUAAGGCAAUCAAAUCAAUCUUCACAUCACGUUUCUUUCAAAAAAUAAUCAAACCAGUCCAUCUAAAAAGAUCUCUGUAAGCUGUUUGAUAAAUACAGGCCUGUCCUUAUAUUGAUGCAUUGAUAUUUCAGUGUUAAAGAGUAAAUGAAGCACAGUGAUGUUUAGUAUUAAUAUUAUACAGAAGACUGGCAGUAAGUGUGUCACUCCUAGCAUAUAGUUUAUAUAAUAGCUAGGCUGCAUCUCCCUGUGUGCUUUCUAUUAGGGCCUCUCUGUAAUAUGAACUAUAGCUGUUCACCUUAACAGCUCAGAGAUGCAAUCCUCAUUUCAUUUUCCUAUUUUUCUUUCUUUUUGUUUUUGAGCCUGUAAAUGCGAUGGGAUGCUUGUUCAAGGAGACAAAAAAGGUUAACCUAUGUACAUGUGGUUCUCUUUGGGGUUUCUACUUAUUUUCAUGGCUGUGUUGCACACGCAUUGGUUGUUUCUGAAUUCAGUUGUUUGAGUAACAAAUAAAAGAAUCAUUUUUGGGUUGUGAA